GUGAAGGACACACUGCGAAAUAAACCAAGUAAUACGUCAUUGGACUAUUAUUGUGUAUGCGCCUUUUUUGACAACGUUACUUGCGUUAAAUUCGCAAGCGGGUUGACGACAAUUUCUUUAUUUCGCAGUGAAAUACAUAAUUUAUUUCACUGACUGAUUGCCGUUUAUGGAAAGUUCUCAACGUUCCUCAGUCAUCGCCUAUACACAUACGUACAUUUUUGCACUUGCCGCCGCAAACGAACAAGAACUGUAACUAUUCUUAUUGGAAUUACUUGUAUGUGGGACUGAAAAGUCGAAUUUCGCAUUUGCCAGCCAGGCGAAUAAUUUAGCCGUAUUUUAUACACUGAAUUAAGGAGUUUAUUUGCAACUCGCAUACAUUUCAUAUUUUUAUUUGCCGUUCAUAAACAACCUGCCGCUUUGUUUAAUCUUGCAAUUAGCCGCAUUGCAUGCGUAAGUCUUCGUGCCGACGUCCAUGAUAUGACUAUGCGUUCACCAGUUUCUAAAGCCACUACAUCUGCCUCAGUGGCCGACCCGCCGAAGUUAGUAUCGGAUUCCGGCACUGCUGCCGACAUCAUUGAUUUGCCAAACACUCCCGAAGCCGAGGGAGUUAGUACUCGUGCCUCAUCUGCCGCCCGCCAGGAAGCGAUGUUUCAGGCUAUGCAGAAACGCAUCGCCACGCUUGAACGCAGUCUGAAGGUUGCCCAACAGAAAAUAAGAGAACACGAGUUAGCAAACGAAGCCCAACGCGCAGAUGCGCAAAGCAUAUCCAGUGCACCCAGCGACAGUUCCGCCAACGAAUCUGCCUUGCCGUCAUCGAGCCUGCCAAUGACACAGUUCCAGCUUCUUCACCCGCAAUCGCCGAUCGUAACGAGUGCUGCUACCAAUGUAGAUGCUGUGCAGCCGCUGUUGCCACCUCAUAACGCUACACGUUACCCGAUGUAUACCGCCACUCGUGUCUCGCCGCCCAUUUACACAUCUUCAACAAAUGGUUCAGCUGUAACAACAGCAAAUGGUAUGUACCCCAGCUCGACUUUACCUCCGCACCACGCGUUUCUUAACAGUCUUUCGUCAACGGUGCCAAUUCCUGCUAACGUAGGCUCCGUACCUGCGCAGUUUUCAACUCAGCCAAGAAAAUUGCAAGAUUUGCCGGAGUUUAGUGGGAAGCCGGAGGACUGGCCGAUAUUUUUUACUGCUUACACCGAGUCAACCGCUGUCUAUGGGUACAGCUGUUUUGAAAACAACUUACGCCUGCAGAAGAGCUUAAGGGGUGAGGCCCGAGAGGCUAUUAAAUCGCUGCUUAUCCACCCGAACAAUGUGGGCAAUAUCAUCGAGCAACUUAGGUUCCGAUACGGUCGCCCGGAACAAUUAAUUCGAAGCCAGCUAGCCCAUGUUCGAGAAAUUGCUCCGAUAUCAGAAAGCUCAGUGGUAAAGUUGAUACCAUUUGCGACGAAGAUUGCCAACAUUUGUGCAUUUUUACGUUCUGCGUGUGGCGGAGAGCAGCAUUUAGCGAAUCCAACGCUUCUUGAUGAGCUCGUUGGAAAGUUACCCAUGAGCAAGCGUAUCGAAUGGGCAGUUUUUGCAUCGUCUUUGCAGCCUUAUGCAACGGUUCAGCAUUUCAGCGAUUGGCUUACUAAACUUGCCAAUGUCAUCUGCACGGUUUACGACGGGGAAACAGCGAGAGACUCGAAGCGCCGGGUUGUGCUGCACGCUGCCGAAUCACAACGCCAUCCAACGUGCCCUAUUUGUCAGGGCCAACAUAAGCCAGCCGACUGUAGCCAGUUCAGCCAACUUACAGUGCCGAAGAGGUGGGAAGAAGUGAAGCGACGCCAUCUCUGUUUCUCAUGUCUCAACGCUGGACAUGGAUCGCGCAAUUGCCAAAGGCGCAAACCAUGUGCCACCGACGGCUGCAAACGGUUUCAUCAUAAAUUGUUGCACGAAAUUGAAAAAACUAUCGACGGGUCAUCAAACCAGUCAUUGCCGCCUCGAGAUCGCAACAGACGUGUUUCCAUUGCCGAUCCACGUAAAACGAUUAGCACGCAGACGCAGCCAGCGUCGCGUAUUCAGUCGCAAGGCGAUACGGAUGUAGCAGUCCUUAGUUGCAGUGCAAACGUUGCCGAUAGCAAGUUGUUAUUUCGGAUUCUGCCGGUCGUGCUGUAUGGGAACCAGAAGCGCGUUGAGACGUACGCCCUUUUUGAUGAAGGUUCGUCAAUAACAAUGCUUGACAACGCACUAAUUGAAGAGCUCGGGUUACGUGGCCGGACUGAACGCUUGAACCUACAGUGGUUCGGAGGACGUGCAACCCAAGAGCCAGCCGUGGUGGUAGACUUACUCGUGAGUGGUGCCAAUAUGCAAAAGAGACAUAAACUACGAAGGGUUUAUGGUGUUUCAAACCUGCAGCUACCUUCUCAGAGCCUGAGUAAAGCCGAUUUGCGUUGCCAUGAAAAACAUUUAAAUAAGCUGGCAGUUCAGCCAUACGCGCAAGUCAAGCCAAAGCUGUUAAUCGGACUCGACCACUGCCACCUUGGUUUGCCGUUAACCACAAUGCAGCUAAACAAGUGUGGGCCGUUUGCCGCGAAUACUGAGUUGGGAUGGGUUGUGUUUGGACCAACAACCAACUCUUAUCCGACAUUGCCAUCAUGUUUAUUCGUUAACUGCCACACUGAGCAGUCGCUACACAAUGCGGUUGCCGAAUAUUUCGAGACGGAAAGCUUUGGGGUUCGAGCUGCGCCUGCCAUCGAGAGUGAAGCUGAUAUCCGUGCUCGCGAAAUCUUGAGGUCCACUACGUGCCGUGUUGAAGGAAGAUAUCAGACUGGUCUGCUCUGGAAGCGUCCCGACAUACAGCUACCUGCGAGCUAUGCUAUGGCCUUGAGGAGAUUAGCGGGUAUUGAAGCAAAAAUGAGGCGCGAUACAAACUUUGCCGCUGAAUAUAAGCGCAUCAUGAAUUCCUACGUCGCGAAGAACUACGCAAGAAAGCUGUCGCCAGAAGAAGACGCUUUAACUAACGAUAGGACAUGGUACUUGCCUCACUUCGCCGUCAGCAAUCCCAACAAGCCAGGCAAGUUACGUAUGGUGUUCGACGCGGCUGCUGAGGUGGACGGUGUGUCCCUCAAUUCACAGCUCAUGAAGGGUCCACAGGAAUAUCGGCCUUUGCCUGCUAUACUAUUUCACUUUCGUGAAGGAGCAAUAGGCGUGUGUGGUGACAUCAAAGAGAUGUUCCACCAGGUGCUGGUUCAACGUGACGAUAGACGUGCGAAACGAUUUCUUUGGCGCAAUGGUGAUACCACCAGACAGCCCGAAGUGUAUGAGAUGCGCGUAAUGACCUUUGGAGCAGCAUGUUCGCCUUGCGCCGCCAACUAUGUGAAGAAGAUCAACGCGUUAGAGUAUCGCAAAAAAGUCAGUGGUGCUGUCCGAGCCGUGAAAUCGAUACUGGACUACCAUUAUGUCGAUGACUAUGUCGAUAGCUUCGACACAGAAGAAGAAGCAGCUGACAUCACGAAACAAGUUCGAGCAAUACACAAGAUGGCCGGUUUCGAUCUUUGCAAUUUCGCGUCGAACUCGUCAAGAGUGACAGAAGCCCUUGGCGGCGACGGAGCUACCCGUCAAAUAGCCAAGAAGGAAGGAGUACUGGUGGACAGAGUUCUCGGUUUGUUUUGGCAGGCAUCGACCGACACCUUUGGAUUUAAACUGAAGUUCAACAACGUAGAAUCCAGCGUAUUGAACGGAAUGCGGCGUCCAACAAAGCGAGAACUCCUCAGCGUAGUCAUGUCCAUCUUCGACCCGCUGGGAUUUCUGAGCAAUUUUGUAGUGAGUGCUAAGAUACUCAUGCGGGAGGUGUGGAAGCAUGAAAUCCGGUGGGACGAACCAUUGCCAAACAACGUAAACGCCGCAUGGGAAUGCUGGCGUAAGCAACUUUCAACGGUCGCCGAAUAUGUCGUUCCUCGGUACUAUUUUCUAAACGGCAAACCUAAAGCUCUGCAGCUCCAUGUCUUCGUCGACGCUAGCGAGGAUGCCUUUGCUGCGGUGGCCUACUGGAGGUCAACCAAUGCCGUCGGUGAGGUGGAAGUCGCAUUUAUCUCCGCAAAAACCACAUGCGCGCCGAUGAAGUCUUUGACGGUGCCUCGAUUGGAGCUUCAGGCAGCCGUGCUGGGUACGCGUUUAAUGAGCUGCGUCCGGGAGAAACACUCCUUGGACAUUGAUGACUGCAUCAUUUGGAGUGACUCCAAAACGGUAAUCCAGUGGCUUCGCAGCGAACAUCGGCGCUAUAAGCCAUUUGUGCAGCAUCGGAUCGCCGAGAUAUUAGCCGCAACUACUACCGCAAAUUGGAGAUGGCUACCUACCGAGGACAAUGUCGCCGAUGAGGCCACUCGAGCUAAUAACUUUAUCGACUUCAGCUCAUCUGCACGUUGGACCUGCGGCCCACCAUUUUUGUUACGAGAAGAGCAGGCUUGGCCGUCAGAGGGCUUCACAUGCAAUCAUCAUGAGGAAGCGGACAAGGAACUUCGCCCUAAAUUCGCCCUUGCGAUACAAACUGGUGAGGACGACAGCAUGGGUCCUGAGAUUCAUUGA